UACAAUGCUUUAUUGAAUAAUUAACAUCAUUAAACUCAUCAACAAUUGUUUGAGUAGUUCUCUGGUUAUGUUUUCGAAAGUUAUUAUAAGAUAGUGUUUAAAUUUUGUUGAAAUCUACGUAUACAAUCAAAAUGGGUCGGCGUUCCAUAAAUACAACAAAAAGUGGAAAAUAUAUGAAUCCCACUGAUCAAGCAAAUUUAAACUUUUGAAAGAAGGAGCUGAAGAAAAAUAAGAAACAAAGGCAGCUUGUUCGAGCGGCUGUAUUGAAAGGAAAAGAUCCUAGUCAAAUUAUUGAAGAAAUGGAAAAAAUUGAUCAAAUGGAAUACAAUGUUAUGCAGCCUCCGCCAUUAAAUGAAAAAGUUUUAAAGGACAAACGAAAAAAGUUGAAAGAAACUUUAGAUAGGGUAUUGAAAAUGUAUGCUAAGGAUGAUCAAGAAAAGUGGACUGAACUUAAAGAUCAAAUGAUUCAAUAUGAAAGAAGAAGAUUAGAGCUAGUGUCUUAUUUUGAAGCAGUACGUCAUGCUCAACAAGUACAGGUGGAUGAAAUACCUUUACCAACGACAGGCAAUGAUAUCAGUCGAAUAUACUCUGGUUCUUUGACAUCACAAAUUCCUUUACCGGAUAUGCCACAACCGCCGCUGCAUUCAUAUCCACCACAUUCUCAUUAUAUUGCUCAACAUCAUCCUCUUGUUAAUAUUCCGGUGCCACCUAGUAUUUUGAAAAAAACAAGUAUAUAUUCAGCAAUGGCAGUUGUCAACAUAAUACCUACAAAUAGAGAUCCUCCGGGAGUUCCACCUUUUCCUCCUCCCGAUUUAUUUCUCAGCGACGACGAAGAUGAUGAUAAAAUAAAGCCAUCUCAUAAAUCAAGGACUAUUCGUUUUGCUGAUGAUGAUAGAAUGGAAGAUGAUAAAAGAGAAGACUACGAUGGUAAAGAUAUGGAUAGAGAUAAAGAAAAAGAAAUUACUAAAGUUAAACCAACAAGUUUGCAACAAAAAAUGUUAGCAAUGGCUGGCCAAGAUAUUGAUCAGUUUAUGAAAGAAAUGGAAGUUGUACAUAAAAAAAGAGAAACUGAACGUGCUCAAGAUUUGAACGCUCGUUUAUCUUUAUUAGAAAAUGAUUCGACAAAUAGUGAUCCAGAUAAUUUAGGUGAAAAAUCCAAUACAGAUAUGCAGAGUAGCUUAAUGACCACAAAUACCUCAAAUGCACAACCACCAAUGCCUCUUAUGGGGUUACCGCCUCCACCUCCACUUAUGUAUCGACCUCCACCUCCGCCUUUGCAUUUAAGAAUUCCUCCACCACCGCCACCACGUAUUGGAAUAAGACUCCCACCAGGUCCUCCUCCUGGUAUGCCACGUAUAUUACGAACGGGUACACCAAUGACUAUGCCAAGAGUUUUAGGAUUACAGAUCCAAAUACCAGGCUUGCCACCUCCACCGCCUGUACCCUCAAAUGCUUCAACUAUAUCUAACGCACAAAAAACACCAAAUGUGCUUUCUGCAGCACCACAAUUAAUUAAUGUAAGAAAAGAUAAGGAAAGUGGUAAGAGUUCAACGACAAUUGAAGCUAAGCCACAGAUUAGAAAUCUGGCAGCAGACAUUACAAGAUUCUUACCUACAUCUUUACGUGUGAAAAGGCUAGAUGAUAAGAAAAAACCUUCUAUACCUAUUCCUCCAGUGAGAAUUCCUGAACGAAUACCUAUAGACCCUCCACCUGUUACUAAACCAAUGCAGCAAGUUAAGACUAAAGAUGAUGCUUAUUUACAAUUUAUGCAAGAAAUGCAAGGUUUAUUGUAGCCCUUAUUUCAAGAAAUACAAUUUGCAAAUCUUUGGAUCUAUUUAUAAACUUAAUAUAUAUUAAGUCUUUAUUGUUUUAGAUUAUCAUAAGUUG